GAGAGAGUUAAGAAUCUGAGCGGUGGAGAGAGGAAAAACUUGAGCGAGGCAGAAAGAGAUGGAGACACAGGUAGACACAGAAAGAGAUGGAGUUUAAAAAGGACAGGGAGAGGUGGAGUGAGAGAGCGAGAGGCCGGGAGAGCGUGUCUGAGCCUGGGAAAAGGACACAAAGUGGUGGGACCUUUAGAGAGACCCCUAAGAGAGAGAAAGAGGGGGAGACAAAGACAGAGGCGCUCAGGGAGAUGGAAAGAGACAGCAGAGGAGGAGGGCAGAAAACCCCAAGAUUAACAGCGGAAAGAAUCAGGGACACAGGAAAAGCCCCGGAGCUGGAGAGACAUAGCAUUAGCUAGUGAGCAGGAAGGAGGUGGCAGUGUCCUCAGCCUGGGGAGGCUGUGUGGAGGUGGACUCAGAGACCGAGGCCGUGUACGGGAUGACCUUCAAAAUUCUGUGCAUCUCCUGCAAGCGCCGCAGCGAGACCACUGCCGAGACCUUCACGGAGUGGACCUUCCGCCAGAAGGGCACAGAGGAGUUUGUCAAGAUCCUGCGCUAUGAGAACGAGGUGCUGCAGCUGGAGGAGGAUGAGCGCUUUGAGGGCCGCGUGGUGUGGAAUGGCAGCCGGGGCACCAAGGACCUGCAGGACCUGUCCAUCUUCAUCACCAACGUCACCUACAACCACUCGGGCGACUACGAGUGCCACGUGUACCGCCUGCUCUUCUUUGACAACUACGAGCACAACACCAGCGUCGUCAAAAAGAUCCACCUUGAGGUGGUGAACAAAGCCAACAGAGACAUGGCGUCCAUCGUGUCUGAGAUCAUGAUGUACUUGCUCAUCGUGGUGUUGACCAUAUGGCUCGUGGCAGAGAUGGUUUACUGCUACAAGAAGAUCGCCGCUGCCACGGAGGCUGCUGCACAAGAGAACGCCUCGGAAUACCUGGCCAUCACCUCAGAAAGCAAAGAGAACUGUACGGGCGUCCAGGUGGCCGAAUAGCCCCGGCCCUGGGCUCCGCCUCAAGGAAGAGCCAGCCCUACCGGGGAACAUCCGGGCACAGCCUGCCCCCAAUGGGGGUUGGCCAUUCCUGGGCCUCCACAAGCCUCAAAGUCCUGCCAACGGAGCCUCCAGGGUGGGAGGGGGCAGGGGGCUUGGCUCACACCCCUAAUCCAGCCUUCUUCCUCCUGCCCCAUCACCCGCCCGUGCCGUGCAUGAUGGGUAAAGCAAUACUGCCGCUGCCCCCAUCCCUGCUUCUGCUGCCUGUUUGGGAGGGGGGCGGUGAGGUGGGGGCAGCGGCUCCGCACCCCUCUUUCUUGCUGAUUUGCACACAUUGGCCGCUUUGGACACGCACUACUGGGGCCCAGCCCCUGUCUGCCCCCUCCCCGCCUGGUGAGGGUUAUGAUGGGCUGGAACAGCUUGGGGCAGGGGGUUCUGGAACCCACUCUGACCCCCAGUGACAUUUCCCCUCCUGCUUCCUCUGGCUGGACCUGGGGUCUCCUCUCCCUGUGAUGCACUCUGCCCCAGCCCAACCCGCCCUCUCUCACCAGCCUUGGAUUGUGGCCACUUCGAAAGGGGCCCAUUCAGCCUCGUCUCUCUUUACACAAGUAGUUUUGUUCAUGAAAUAAAGAUUCUUGGACUUGA